GUGAAGUUCUGUGAACAUUUGAGCAAUGGUUUGGAUGAAGAUGAUUAUGAUGAUGCAAAAGACUAUGGAUUUAAACUUAAUUUCAAGGAAAUCAACGCUGAUUUUUGCUAUGGGCCCAACGAGGUAUCACCGGAUAGGAGAAAAACGCUUUUAAGAGAAGUUCUUCCUGCUGCUCUCAAACUACACAGUGAACGUCUCAGUGUUGAGCAGGUAGAGAAGUUGGACUUGUCUUUUGAGAUUAAGGAUUCGUAUCCAUUUUUACCCAAGUGUACAGAUGUCUCAAUUCCCAAAGAGCAUCAACAAGGUAUAACCAAAGCUGAUUUUAUGCUGUAUGUGGGUGUUACAGAUGAGCAUCAACACCCAAAGAUUUGUUCUAGAAACACAAAGGGUCGUCCUACAUCUGCUUUGAUUAAAUUUGUUCCUGAGGAAAUUGCUGCAACGAGGCAUUACAUUCGCUUAACUGCACAUGAGGUUGCACAUGCUCUUGGAUUUGAAAUUGAAACGAUGAAGGAGCAUGUAAAGGAAGGAGAAGAAACGACGGGGAAAAAGAAAGUCCGUUUGGUGACAUACCCUACUGUGAUUAAGGAAGUGAAUAAACACUAUGGUUGCCCUAAUGUUGAGGGUGAUAAUAAAAUAAAGGGCAUAGCUUUGGAGAAUGAUGCAACUGAUGGGGCACCUCUGCACUGGGAACGUCGUAUUGCGAAGGAUGAGUUGAUGAGUACAUACAGCGGCAGCAGCAAUGGAAUGUUCUACACUGCACUAACACUUGCUGUAUUUGAUUCUAUGCCAUUCUACAAGGCCGAAUUCAAAAUGGCGGAAUCGAUGAAUUGGGGUAAGAAUGCUGGUUGUGAGUUUCUGAAGGAUAAAGAGAAAUACAAAGAAACAAAAUCCGGUAAGUACUCCGAAAUGUUCUGCGAUGAAGUCAAGCCUACUCUGCAAUGCACUUCUGAUCGUUUUGCACUUGGAAUGUGCACGAAGAAGCAGCCUGACGUUAAGAUACCUGAUGAGUAUGAUACGUAUUUUCCCUCAUUUCUCUAUGACCCUCUUGAUGACCUGAUGGAUGGUUAUACCAUUAUUAAACCGAUUCCUAAGACAAAUUGUGAGGAGGAUAAGUUCAACCUGAUGCCUGGCAGUAUUCUGAGCAAUAUCUCUCGAUGUCUGAAGGGUGAGAAUCUGCAACUGAAAACACCAAACGAAAAUAAUCUUACUGUUGGUGACAUUUGUGCGAAUGUGAAGUGUGACAAAAAGAACAACAAGGUAUCGGUACAGUACAGUGGUUCCGACAAAUGGCAUGUAUGCGAAGAUGGGAAAAUUGAAGUCACGGAUGGUCAGGAGUUCCAAAGUGGAAGUAUCUUGUGUCCCAAAUACUCAGAGGUGUGCGAUGACUUUUCUGAAGUUAAGGAUAUUAAC